GGAAAAUGUACUGGAAUAUAAGUCCCGGUGGUGGGACCAUCCGGGGUCUGCGGCCUUUCAUCGGCCAUGUGGUUGGCGGAGGCGCUGAGGUGAGCAUCGGGGGAUUGACUGAGAACACUUCUCCAUAUUUACCUCUAUCUCCGGCUAAUUGGAGAAAAAGUGAUCCACGAUGCCUCCGGCUAAGGCAAAGAAACCUGCAACGCCCGGGAAGAAGGAGGAGAAGGGCGAAGCCAAGAAGCCACUGCAGGAGAAGAAACCAGAGAAUGCCCCAGCAAAGGCCAAGAAGGAAGGUGCCCCCAAACCAGCUCCCAAGAAGAAGGAUCCUGCUGCCAAGCCAGCUGCUGGUGCCGAUGCUGGCAAGGGCAAGGAUAAGACCAAGAAGAGGAAGCUGAAUGAAACAACCACUGCUGGCAAGCCCAAGCCUGCAAGCACUGACGCCAAAAAGAAGAAGGUGGAGAAGAAGGUGGAGGGCAAGGCUGGAGGUGCUGCUCCAAAGGGAAAGAAGCCCGUCAAGAAACAGCUGGCUCCCAAAGUCAAGACCCAGAAGAAACGUUUCAGGCGUAGGAAGCCCGCCCGCGCCGGGAAGCAGGAGAUUGUUGUCUAUGAGGGACGGCGCUAUUUCCUUCUGCCCAGCGGCAGGAUGAGGGCUAUGCUGGAUGUCAACCUUGAGGAAAAUGACAAGAUCGCCAAAGUUGAUGGCACCUUUAUCAAGAAGACUGAUGUUAAGGCUUUUGAAGAGUACAAGGAGUCCAUCAAGAGUUUACCAGCAACUACUGUGAAGAGGAAGCUGAAGCUGAAGUUGGUGAUCCUGAGGAGAAAUAUGAUGAGGGACGUGCUGAAGGAAGCCCGAGCAACCAACAAGCCAAGCCUUGCCACUGCCAAGGAUGCUGGCCGUGAGGUUCAGGUCAUGACCAUGUUCAGGAACACCUGGGUGAGGAAGAAGGCUGUGCCCCGCCUGAUGACUUUCAUCCGCAACAAGACCAUUAAGAUCAAGGCUGUCAGGAAGGGAAAGGGCCCCAAGGAACUAACCGAGGCAGAGCAGAAGACCCUUCAGAGGUACACAAGGAAGAUCCUGCUGGAAGAAAACCUGAAGCUCCGACAGGCCCUCCUCAGCAAGAGACCGAGUGUAGCAGAGAAGCAGAAGUCUGCUGCUAAGCCACAAAAGAAGCCUGCCAAGAAGUCUGCACCAAGUAAGGCUGCCCCCAGCAAAGCAGGUGCUGACAAGAAGCAGAAGCGCCCCGCCAAGAAGGCUGCCAACUAAUGCCCCAUUGUGAGUGGAUCCACCCCCCAGGCCUGGCACAGCUGAAUGGGUUGGUGGCACCACAAGGGAGCUGGAUAGAGCAGCGAUGAGGGGCUGGUACCAAGACUCAUGUGCUACCUGUGGUAUUCUCAGUCACCACAUAUAUCACAUGAAUUAAGUUUAUAAUGCUUACAAGUAUAGCUUUUGAUCAAUAGGUUGUAAAGGAUUAUUAUGGAGUUUAUAUAUCUUUCAUUUAGACAAAAAUUUAUCCUAAUGAUUAGUUUACAUGACAAGCUGUAAGGUACCUUGACAUUAUGCAGUAUGAGAAUGUAAAAAUUUUUUUUUGUUUGAUAUAAAUAAGUUUAGUUUGCAUAGUUGGUAGUCUAUUAAUUAUUUUAAUAAUUUUUAACAAAGGUUUGGAUGUGCAAUGUAAUACUGCCAAGAUGUCAUGUCAACUGAAGGUGAUGGGAGAUGUUUACUUUGGUUAUAGUAGAAGUCUGCCAAUCACUGUGUACUCGUGGAAUUGCAUUUUUGUACUGCCUGGAGUCUUAUUGCUUGCAUAUCUUCCAUUGACCUUGGAUGUGAAUGUUUGGGAUUAAGCAUUUAAAACUUACCCAGUCCCUAA